UCUGCUCACAGCGUCAUCGGGCAGCGCCGCCACCGCCACGUGAAAGGCAGUUAUGGCGCUGAGUCGCGGCGGGGCGGUGGCUGCUUUCCCGCUGGUUCCGCGGCGCUUGACGGCCACCGGGGCGGCGGAGGGCGCGGCGCCCCCCGAGAACGUGGUGCGCGUCCCCUGGGCCCUGCGGGUGCGGCUGCAGCGGGCCGCGCAGCGCCGUGAGCGCAAGCAAGGAAAGGCUGCGGCGCCGCCAACCGGGAAGCUGCUGCUGCGGAGCCGGCGGCCAGAGCUGAGCCAGCCCCGCUGGCAGACGGUGGGGCGCUGGGAGCAACCGCAGCUGGUGUCGGCAGGCUGGAAGCACAGGAAGGCCUGCGGGGACUACUUUCAGCUGGAGCCCUCACAGGCGGCGGCUCCGGCCCUGCAGGCGCCGCCGCCUGAUGCGGGGCAGGGCCCGUCCUUUGAGGAGAUGGGGUUGCAGCCGGCGCUGCUAGCCGGCCUGGGAGGCCUCUCCAUCAGCCGUCCCACGGCGGUGCAGCGCAUCACCAUCCCCGCGCUGCGCCGCGGUAGGAGCGCCCUCUGCGCCGCCGAGACCGGCAGCGGGAAGACUCUGGCCUACCUGCUGCCGCUGCUGGACGGGCUGCUCUCCCGCCCCCCGGCGCCGGAGGUGGAGGCGGCGGGGCCGCCGUCGCCCCGAGGGCUGGUGGUGCUGCCGUCGCGGGAGCUGGCGCUGCAGGUGGGCGCGGUGGCGGCGGUGCUCUGCCGGCCGGCAGGGCUGCAUGUGCGCGGGCUCACAGGCGGAGGCGCGGCCGGCGGGCUGCGGAGGCAGCUGCGGGCCCCGCCGCCGGGCCCCGCUGUGCUGCUGGGCACCCCCGGGGCGCUGCGAGAGGCGCUGCGGCGGCGCUUCCUGGCUUUGGAGCGGCUGCGCUGGAUAGUGCUGGACGAGGCGGACACCCUGAUGGAUGACUCCUUCGCGGGGAUCCUGGAGGAGAUCCUGGCACACGCGCCCCUGGCCGUUGGUGCGCCCGGGCCAGCUGGCCCGGGGGAAGAGAGGACCCAGGUGGUGGUGGUUGGAGCCACAUUCCCCACGGGGCUGAGCCAGACGCUGGGGAAGUUCACCGAUGUGGGCCAGUUUGUCACCCUUGCCACCCAGAGCCUGCACCGCCUGCCACCCCAUGUCCAUCAAAAGUUUGUCCGCAUCAAAGGUCAGGACAAGCUGCCUGAACUGCUGCAGCUCCUCAAGGACCACCCAGCAUCCGGUGGGGCUAUUAUUAUCUUCUGUAAAAGUGCCAGCACUGUCAACUGGCUGGGUUAUAUCCUGGAUGACCACAAAAUCAAGCACCUGAGGUUGCAGGGACAGAUGUCAGCAGCUGCUAGAGCUGACAUCUUUGCCUUAUUCCAGAAGGGUGACGUGUCUAUCCUUGUCUGCACUGACCUUGCCUCACGCGGGCUGGACACCAGCAGUGUGCACCUAGUGGUCAACUAUGACUUCCCAGACACCCUGCAGGACUACCUGCACCGCGUGGGGCGAGUUGGACGGGUUGGAAGCAAGACACCUGGAGCUGUGGUUAGUUUUGUUACCCAUCGGUGGGAUGUGGACCUGGUGCGGAAAAUAGAGACUGCAGCCCGGAAAAGGACAGGUCUCCCAGGCAUGGACUCCUCUAUUAAUAAAUCUUCACCUAACAGGGGUUGAUUCAGAUUGCCAAGCAGUAAUAUAUGGCCUAAGUGUGAAGUCAUUAAGGCAGAGCAAAUGAGCUUCUGUGUGUAAGUUAGGCUGGAAGAAUAGAGGAUUGAGUUCCCGAACCAGGUGACCAGGUUAACUCAGUGCAGUGUUCUUUAAGCUGCAGUAGUCAUGUCCAGAGGCAUCACAGUUCAUAGCUUUCCAGAAGGAAGUUUGUGAGUAGUAACAUAAUGCCUUUGAAGAAGACUGAAGAAUUAUCAGUUGACUUUGUUUAUUUUUGUUUAGACUUCUAACUUGAAUCCAUAUCAGAAUGAAAGCAUGCCUGUAUGAUGUGCAGCUCUCGUGUUUCAUUGCUUCCUACCACCAGCAGCUAAACGUUCGUUGUUGAAGCUUUAAAAUUACUACUGUGGCCGGAAAGAAAAUGAAAAUAUUUUACUAACUUAAGUGAUUAUAGGUACAUGUAGAAAGACUAAAGGACAAAUUGUAUCUGAUUUUCUUGUGAUGUAGCAGUUCAUCCAGAGAAUUCUAGACUAGAUAAUUCUUUAUCUUAUUUGGUGGGAACAAGAAGGCACAAUAAAGCAUGAGGCUUUUUCAGGGUCUUAAUUUGGCAUUUUAUAGUCACCUUUCACUGAGAAAUGGGAUCUUGCUGCUUUGUGUUCUAUUAAAUAAAUUUUUUAAAAGCCUUUAA